GGCUGUAUUACUGAAUAGAUGAGGCUGGGAUGCCUGAAGGAAAUACCCUUUAGAUGCAGCUCAAAUUAUAGAUCAUUCGCUGCAGUGACACUCGACGGGAAAGAAGAGUGGGAUUUUUACAGCUAAUUCCUGAAUAAGAAUCCUGGCAGGCAGUAGCAAGCUGAAUUGGUGUGUGAACAGAGCAAAAGACAGACUGAAGGAAGGGACAAGCACAGCCUGAGAAAGUCUCCAGUGCCCCAGCAGUGCUGAUAAAGUCUGCCGGUGAUGGAUCGCUCAAGCUGCUGAAUUUUGCAGUUCACAUUCAUCAGCUGUAAAGUUUGCAUUUUAAACAUGAAAAGGAACAGGAUCAAAUCUGCCAAAUGAAAAUGCAUAUUUUUGAACUUAUUUGAAUGUAAAGCAAGUAGAAAUGAAGAAUAAGUACACUUAACGGGUUUCUUUUUUGUUUUUCCUAAAUGUAUGUCAUCUCAGAAGUGGAUACUUGAUCCAUACUGGUUCUGCCAUAGAAUCAUAGCAGCAGGUGCAUCAGUCAGACAUUUACAGUUUACAUUUUACAUGGUAUACAUACACUUUUUUCUUACUUAAAUACCAAGUCAUGGUAAAAAGUGAAAGUAGAACCUUUGCAUCAUCACAAGACAAUGGAGAAGUCAAGUAGUGAGGAAUCGUCAAUUCAACGUAGCCCAUCUGUCGACAGCAGAGACUCUGACUUUGCAAAAGCUUCUACAUCGGGAAGGCAGUUUGGUGGCCGGGGUUUUACAGCUGGUGCUUUCUAUGGCUCCACUGGCUCUCGUGGUCAAAGUCACACUACUGGUCCAAAGGAUGAUAAAUACUGUGCACCUAAAGGCAGCAAAUACGUAGUAUUUUACCUGGAUCUAUCCUUUGUGUUCCUUUUAGAAUUUAAGAAGUGCAACAUGGCAAGGGGAUGUCUCUGUUUUCUGAAGUACAUAAUGUUCCUCUUCAAUCUCAUUUUCUGGCUCUGUGGAUGUGGGCUGCUUGGAGUAGGAAUCUGGCUAUCUGUCUCACAGGGAAGCUUUGCCACUUUUUCACCCACCUUCCCAUCACUCUCUGGUGCCAACCUUGUAAUUGCAAUUGGCUCGAUUAUCAUGGUGACAGGUUUUCUUGGAUGCUUGGGUGCUAUUAAGGAAAACAAGUGCCUCCUUUUAAGUUUUUUCAUUGUCCUAUUGAUUAUUCUUCUGGCAGAAUUGAUUUUGCUGAUCCUCUUCUUUGUUUAUAUGGACAAGGUAAGUGAAAAUGCAAAGAAGGAUCUGAAGGAUGGGCUGGCUUUGUAUAACACAGAGUACAAUGUUGGGCUCAAAAAUGCAUGGAAUAUUAUUCAGGCAGAGUGGAAGUGCUGUGGGGUGACAGAUUACAGUGAUUGGUAUGACGCUCUCAAGGAACAAGUGGUUCCUGACCGUUGCUGUCAAGAACAUUACCAAGAUUGUGGCCGCAAUUCUACCAGUUUGUUCUGGCCAACGGGCUGCUAUGAUGCAAUCAAAAACUACGUUGCUGAAAAUAAGCAUGUCUUUGGUAUCAUUGGAAUGUGUAUCUUAAUAAUACAGGUACUUGGGAUGGCAUUCUCCAUGACACUCUUUCACCAGAUCCAUCGAACGGGUAAAAAGUAUGAUGCUUAGUACGACAAAGUACAACAGCACUGAAAGAGAAGUAUGCACCCUCAUCUGAUCUGACCUAACGUUUGAUGAAGCACCAGCUAUAAUCCUUGGCCACAACUCUAACCAGAUAUCUUUGGGUCAGAAUACCACAGAGACUUUUUUCUUAUUUUGUAUUUACUGUUAAUUUGCCAAAGAUUUGAAUUGACAGCACAGAUUAUGACUAAAAGUCAACGGUUAAGGCAAAAAUGUUCUGAGACUUCUUUAGUCUUUCCUUUUUAUGUCUUGCCUGACUAACGUUAUUUGGGACAAUAUCUGCAUUGCUUUACUAACAGUAUUCAAACUGCUUUGAAAAAGGCAAACUACCUUUCUUGGACACUUUCUACAAGUUCUAUGCUAUUCCUAAAUGGAUGACAAAACUAACCAAAGGCAAAUGCCCUAAUAGUGAGUCCCAUAGCAUUACUUUAAGCCAUUGAUGUCUACUUUUCCACUUUACUCAAAAUUAUCACUUUUUAUUAAGCAUAUGUGACUCUGAUGAAGCUUAUGUUGGUUGAUGUGUAAAUAUUACACACACAAGGACAAAUAAACAAUUAAAGCAAUAUGUCAAAAGUGAACAUUCAGGAAUACAUCUUAUCCAGGAAGAAGCUCCACUUUUUUGCAAACAUUUAUAUAACCUGCACUACAAAGGAAAGUCGAAAGCAGUGAUUUCAAGAAUGAUUCUGUGACAAACUGUACAGUUUCAGAUAACAUGCUGUUUUUUUAUUUUACUCUGCCACCUUUCCUUGAGCCCAUCUCCUUUUUUCCAACUUAAUGGUUUAGUUUUUUUAUGUAAAGAUAAACCAAAAAGGGUCAUAGCUUGUGUAGUCUAAGGAUCUGUGAAACUCAUAAAUGACAUUCUGCAGCUCUUAUACAUUUUAGUAAUAUCCAGUUUUUCCAAUCUCUUUAACAACACUGGGAAAAAAAUAAAUACUGAAUCUACAACUGAGAAAUAAAAAUAAAAUGGCAUUAUAUUUUAUACGCCAUGUAGUAGGUAUAGAAUAAUGAAACUAAUUUGACUCAGUCUAUGUCUUUGCUCAUUGAGGGUUUCCUAAAAUAUUUUCGUCUUUUUGAAAUGUAUGAAUGCGCUGCAGAAACUGGUGUUCAGUUCUCUGGGUGGUUCCUUUAGGAAAGUGGAUGCAAGUUCAGUUUAAGGUGGGUUAGUGUAACAAAUCAGUAAAGGUUAUGCAGUAGUUUAGAGGGCAGCUCGUUUUAAAGUAUUUGGUUGUCUUUAUUGUUCACUUUCCUGCAUUUACUCACAUUUUAUAUUUCAAGAUAGACCAGGGGUGGGCAGAUUCAGUCCUGGAGGGCCGCAGUGGCUGCAGGUUUUUGUUCCAACCCAGUUGCUUAAUUAAAAACCAAUCCUUGUCAAUUAUUUAAUUGCAUGGCUUGCUAGUGCUUUAACUCUGCCAUGUCAGGUCAUUCUCAUAUCCUAGAUUUAUUUUCCUUUCUAAGGAUAUCAUCCAAAUGAUUUGAAGUCUAAAACAGAUGAGUAAUUCUCAGUGCUUCACUUUUUUCUCUUCACUUUCCUUCCAAGUAUUUAAUUAAACCAAAUAGUGCACGAUAAAUACACACAGGUGUAAAUGAAAACAAGCUAAAUGGAGAAAUGCUGGUCUCUUUUGUCAUUUGCAUGGUAUUGCUAAUUAGGAGCAAUUAAAAACCAAGCAUACAGCUGUUUAAGACUAAAAUAAGCAAUAAGGGUUCAAAAUCUUAACGAGCGAGACAACUAAAGUGAAGCUGAAGUGUUACUUGAGCAAUAAGGGUUUCUUAUUAAGCAAUUGGGUUGGAGCAAAAACCUGCAGCCACUGCGGCCCUCCAGGACUGAAUCUGCCCACCCCUGAGAUAGACUACCCCAAAGUAACAUAAUACAAUAUGCAGCUUGUUUACGUUUUCCACUAUUUUUUAAUGGUUCAAGGUAUUUUGCAGUCCUCUUUCAGUGCAGGUUGUAUACAGUGUUUGGGAUUGCAGAGCUUUAUUAAUGUAAGUCCUCAGUACUUACUGUAUUAUCAAAAAUAGCAUUUUGGUUCAUAACUCUGCUGUAGGAUUGUCAUUUACAUUUUCUCUUAUUUUUGUCUGUUUGACAUACAUUGAACAAAAAAUGGUUACUUUUAAAGUGUGGUCGAACAAGACCAUGUCCACAAAGUGUGAGUAUGAUUUGCAUACACUAUACUUUUUUUUUCCCAGUAUGAUUUUUUUUUUGUUUUUGUUUUUGUUGUUACUGUUUUUUAAUUGAGAAAUGACAGCAACUCUUAUCAUGGUGCAAGUUCCCCUAAAACAUUCCUUUUAAGAUGCCCAAAUAUAUACCUCUAAUAUGAAUGCUGCUUAAACUUCUACAGUCCAGCUCUUAUUUCAACAUAGACGGCAUCUUCAUCUUAAGUCAUAGCUGCUUUUAAAAAGUGAAAGUCUGCACAUUUGACUGAACUGGCAAAUUCUCCCCUCUAUACUUGAUGAAAGAAUUUUUCUUUACUUGAUUAGAAAAAAAAAAAACAUGCCUAGAAAAAUUUGUGCAUUAAACACAUUGAAGAGAAAGUGCAACUAAUAAUCCCUUUGUUUUUUUUAAUUUAAUGUAAUGGUGGCGGGCACUUGUGUUGGUGGAUGUAGGUAAGUAAAUUGUAGGCAUGGGACCAGAGUUGUCAGGGUUCUUACACUCAUUUGCAGUAAGGACAGAGACAUUGAAGGCUGAUAAGAAAAAACUGUUGACCUAAGGCUAGUUUGCUGCUAGUUUUGAUGUCUGCCAAUCAUACAUUUCCCAAAGGUAGACUGAGAAGAUGAAAGGGGAUUCAAUAAGUUCUAGGCAUGAUGCAAAUUCUGAUAUGUGCACUGUUCAAUUUUCACUCUUUCUAAUUUCAAAUCUAACACACAUAAAAGUGUCAACCAGUAAGAGUAUUUUAAAAUACAGUUUCAAUAAUAGUAGUAAAUGUUAUGUACUGUCCUUAAAAUAUGUCAUGUCCAGAAUGCUUUUUUAAUUUUUAUAGGACAAUGUGAAAAUGUAAUUUUUGCACCAAACCAAAGUUAAAAAAUGCAGUCUAAAAAUAACAACUUGAACUUCCCUAUAGUGCUGUUCAUCUGAAGAGUUGCGUUUCAUUUAAUUCCAUUUCUGUAAGUGUGUGAAAUAGAAGCUGCACAAUUUUUUUAUUAUGUGUAAUGUGAUGAGUCCCAGAGGUGCCUACAAAAUGUCCUUCACCAUGAACUGAAUUUAAUUUAACCAUAGCUGACAUGGUGACCCUAGAGAAUACAUUCAUCCAUGCCUAAAGUUUAAGGUAACCAAUGUUCAUUUGGUAUAUGGUGAUGGAGUGUUUUUAAAAUACGUUUCACUGAAUGUUUUACAUGACCUUUUGAUGGAUAUUGAAUUAUUCAACUUGGUUUUCCCAGACUUUGUAACAUUUCAUACUCCAUGUUUGGCAGAUGCGAGGUGGGACUAGAUUUGUUGGUUUGAAAUUGUAGUGUGGGGAUUGUCACCUUCUAAGUACUUUGCUGAUGUUAAACUGCACACAAUUCAUAACAUAUAUUUUCCUAAAUAUAUUUGUUUAAUGAAUUACUUAUAUGCUAUUUACUUACAGGUGAUAACUUUUUGUUUCAGUUUUUAAUUGAAUAUAUAUAUAUAUAUAUAAUAUAUAUAUAUAUAAUAUAUAUAUUAUAUAUUAUAUACUGUAUGUAUAGAGAGAGAGAGAGAUAUGAUAUCAGUCAAAUACUUUUAUCAUUUAUAUUACUGACCUAAAUGAUCCAUAUACAGUAUGUUGGGUAUAAAUUUCAUGUGAGACCUCAUAAUAUUUCACUUCCAACAUAUCUGAACACAAAGUCCAAGUUUCUUCUGGAGUCCAUUUAGUUAUUUUUAUUUUUAAUAUACUCCAGUCUUUUCAGCAGCACCGUAUUACAAUAAAUAGUGUGCAGAAUAUAUCAAAUACAGAGGAGGAAGGCUGUGAAAUGUACAGUGAGGCUUAGACAGUCUAAACAUUUCAAACAAGCACAGUAUGGUGCAUGUUUAUUUUGCUGGUGAUCCAGCUGAAUACAUUUUAAAAACAUGUAACAGUAUAUUUGACAAAUGCCUUCUGAUUUGUAGCUUGAUGUGUACAGUAAGAGACUUUUGUGAAGCGCUAUAGCGUGAUAGCCAUGGGGACAGAUCUUUACAUGCUACAAAAUAGAAUGUGUGGAUCCUACUAAAUUAUUUUUGACUAAACUGGUGCUGCCAAGAUUAACCUAUGCUGGUCAAGUGUGAAGAAACAUGCAUUGUGUGGUGACUUUUGCACAGCAUAGCAUGUUGAUGUUGGUGAAGGUGAUAGACAGCCACAUCUCUGGCACUUAGGUUUCCAGUCAUUUCCAUAUGAAGUCUCCAAGUACUUUACAGUAUUUAAAAAAAUAAACACAUUUUCAAAAAAGUGGAGAAUUUGCUCAACUUUGUUCAGAGGAGUUUUGUAUCCUUUUUUUAGCAUGCUGGGUUUUUUUGUAAGAGAAAAGCAAGUAAUAAUAAAAGACUAGUGAAUAUUGUGUGUCAGCUAUACAAAUACUGUUUCAUCGAUAACAUCUGAACUGAGGAUUAAGCAAUAUACUUUUUUAUAUUAUUUCUGUGUCCUAAUUUGGAUAGAAGUAUUUUAUUGUGCAAUUUUGCACAUUAUUUGCUUUUAUAAGAAAUGGUUUGUAUGAAUUUAAACCAUAAUGCAUUGUGUCUGUGUGCACGUGUGUGUAUAUUAUGCAUAUAUACACAAAAUUUUAAACAUUGGAGACUUUUUGCAAUUUGGAUACUUGCAACAUGAGGUAUCUACCUGCUGUCUUCAGGUGGGUGUAUGUUGUUAUGAUACAGAGUGCAUUUUAUUUACAUUUUUAUCCUGUGGAACGAUAGAAUGUUGUGAUAAUUUCAAAUUUUCUGUCUGGUUGUAUUCCUAUACCAAAAUUAAAUACAUAUUUUUAAAUAUGCAAAUGCAGCUUUUCUAUCAAUAUUUUAGUGUGAUAUAAAUUAAAAAUGUAUAUACAACUUGGUACAGAAUAACGCUUUUUAAAAUGUUGUUUAUUUUCAUUAGAAUACUACAAGGCCAUGUCUUGUUAAAUUUACUGAGUGCACCUACUGUUUAUAAUAAUGGUAAAGGAUCUGUGUUUAUUAAUCAUUUAUCUAUUCUGUAUUGCAAGUUUGUUUUUAGAAUGAUGAAAAUGUUAUCACUGAGAGAUUUUUCAAUUGCUACAAUGUAGGCAGAAGUAAUACACAAACGAGUUUCGGGACUAUUGAUUCAAAAAACAAGUAGGGUGAAGUUGUUUUUAUAUCACAAUGGUGUACACUGUAUAAGCUUAACCCCGAUUUAAUCUGUAGGUUAGUAUUCUGCAUACUUACUGAAUUCAUUUGUUUUUUUCUUUUAAACUAAAGAAUUUAAGGUAAAUCUGACCAGUUUUCUCAGUUAUUUCUAUUUACUAUAGUAUAUAUGUUAAGUCAUGGAACUUCUUGUAAAGUGCUGUUUUAUUUGUAAGUGUUUCAAUCAAACAAACCUUCAUCUGUCUUUGUCAUUGUCAUCAAGCGGUCUUAGUUGAUUAAGCAUCAUACUGAUUUUUUUUUUUACACAUACAAACUGUCCUUUUUAGCAUUGACUGUAUUUAUCCUGCUAAGUGUUAAUGAUGGUUAUUUUAAAAUGGUAUAUCUUCAUGCUUUUAAAAGCCUACUGUUUUUUGUUUGAUAUUUCUUGCCUUGUUUACCCACUGUCUUUAUCUCAGUUAUUUUCAAUGCCAUUAUUAUAAAGGAAAGACUGUUUAGAUUUAAAUUACUACAGAUCUGAAAGAUAUUUGAAAUAAGAAGUUAGGUGUUAAGCACAACAAUAUUGCAGGUAUUAUGUUAUACAAUAGAUACUGCAUAAUAAACAACAUUAUGAUUUGAAAGUAUUAUGUCACAAGUAAGUCUGUAAGUGAAAUGCACUCUGAAUGUCUAUUUGUAACUGCUGGUGCAAUAAGAAAAAAAAUUGUAUGUUCUUAAAAGGAAAAAAAAAAACUCAUUUACAAAUCCA